GAGCGCCAUUUUUUUUCCCCCUCUCUUCAGUAGAGGAAGAAAGGGACAAAAGCGUUUUAAAAAAAAUAAAAUAAUUAUUUGUCGCCAUUUAUAAUAGUUUAGCGUCAUUCUAAAGUGGUGUGUGCAGACGGGAGGAUGGUGCUGUUCUGAGCACUGUGGCAGCGGACGCAACGUACCGACGUACAGACUUUCAGGCCGGUGGAAGUGGAAAAGCGCCAUCAUAGGCGACAGCGAAGCUCGAGUGGAAGUGAACGAGGCUUGUGAAGAAUAAUGUAUCAGCUUCCGGUUGGAAAUAUUGAGAAGAUCAGGAAAGCGCGCAAGACUGUGAAAAGUAUCCUCAGUGAGUUCGGCUUGGAGGACUGCCAAAACUUUCUAAAGGAUCUCAAAGAAAACUCUGAGAAAAACGCCAACGAAGAUGAGACUUUUGAAGACACUGAAUGGAUUAAUUUCACAGACGGAUUUAAUGGCAGGCGAAGAAAAAAGUGGCCCUAUCGGUCACAAACAUUGUGCUGCAGAAUGUGCAAGUAUUCUUCACGAAGCAUCUACAACUUCAGGAGUCAUGUGUCACGCUGCCAUCAGUACGCGCAGACGGUGUGCGCGUUGGCAAUGUGCUCCAACUGCCUGUACAUCGGCCAUCCCAGAGCUCUCAAGAAGCACAUGUUGUUCUUCCAUUCCAACUUCAACAAUCACGUGCAGCCACAGAGGGAAGCGUCUUUACCCACCCAUCAUGGCAACGAGCGAUAUCAGUGUCGAAGAUGCGGCUUUCCGAGCUCUUCGAUCUUUGUUAUAAAGAAGCACAUCAUCUUGAAGCACCUCGAGAAUUUAGCUGAACAAUAUAUUGGGUACAGAAUGCACGUUCAAGGCACGACUGCUAAUAAAAUCUACUGCUGCAAGGUGUGCAAGGUCAACACUGGAACUCUAGACCAAAUGAUGCACCACAUGUUGGUCGAACCAUCACACUACGCAGUCAGCACACGAGUACAGAGCAUGAUCGAAGAGAACAAGAAUUACACCAUUAAGCCCACCCCCAAUGGAAACGGCAUGUUCGUAACGUUCCCGAGUAUUGCUCCUAAACAGCAACAAACUCACGUUUUCAACAAUAAUUCUCUGGUUUUAACAAGCAACGGCCAGUCUGCUGGGGCAGUGUUGGCAUUACAGCAAUUACCAGGAACUCCAAAUAACACCACUUUGAUCUGUGCCCCCGGAACCAAUCAGGCUUUUCUUCCCCCUCAAGCUUCUGCGCUGGUACAGCUAGCUAGUGCUGAAGCCAAAGGUUUGCUUCAACCUGGUGCUACGAUAUCUCUCCGAAGUGCUUUGCCCCAAGGGUCCUCCGUAGUCCAGCUUCCCACCGUGCCAAAUGUGUCUCUGACGCAGGCACCGGUGGCCCUAGCUCCUAUUGCCGCUCCCAUUCCUCGGCCGCAAAAUCCACAAAUGCAGCACAUCCUCGUACCAUCAGGACUGCAGGCCAACACGGGAGCCGUGCACAACACGGGAGCCGUGCACAACACCGUGCACAACACGGGAGCCGUGCACAACACCGUGCACAACACGGGAGCCGUGCACAACACCGUGCACAACACCGUGCACAACACGGGAGCCGUGCACAACACCGUGCACAACACGGGAGCCGUGCACAACACGGGAGCCGGGCGUAACAUGGUAGCCGGGCACAACACCAUACAUGCACCGAAGCCUCCUGCUGUGACUCAAAAUGCAUCAAAACCAGUCUCCCUACAGGGUACCAUGCUGACGUCGCAGUCUCUGCUGAGUCACCUCAUCCCGACUGGCAACAAAGUGAACGGCAUGCCAACGUACACUUUUGCUCCACUACAAGUAGCAAUGCCCGUCUCUCAGAGCACAGGCACGCCUCUUAAAACUGCUGAGCGACCCUCUUUACAAACUAAGAAGUGGAUUACGUGCCCCCUGUGCAAUGAACUCUUUCCUUCCAAUGUCUUUGACAUGCACACAGAGGCUGCUCACAAGACAAAACCGGCAACGCCAAAGUCGAGUUGUGUGGCUGCAGGAGCGGCAUUCCUGAAAAAAAUGCCGGACAAGACUAUCAGAUGUCUAACGUGCAAAAUUCUGUUGUCAGAAAAGAGUGUCUUCCAACACCUGUUACACGGCUUAAAUUGUUUGUUCUGUUCGGCAUUGUUCUUUUCAGUUAAACAGCUUCUUGAUCACAUAAAGCAACACAAUCCAGCAAGCAAGUCAUAUUGUGAUUAUCUGCGGCAGAAGUACAGGGUAAAUACGCAAGGAUUCGGGAAAAUCCAGUUCCCUUACUUUGACGUCACCACGGCGGCACCGAGAGAAGUCUUGGGAGACUAUGAAGUCUGUAUGGCUCUGGUCACAAGCUCGCUCGAGCUGAUCUACUUCAGAUUGUAUCCCAGCAACCAGUCGGACAUCUGCGCCCCACCUGUGAAAAUCAACAGUGCGUACUGUCCCUUCUGUGACGAAAAGUUCCUGAACGAGGCCAAACAUUUGCAGCACCUGAAACAGAAGCACUUUGUGGCGCCCACUAUUCACGCAAUCCUCAAGACUGAGGCCUUCAAGUGUAUAUACUGCAAUGGCGUGUAUACCGGAAAGGUCACGCAGCAGGCCAUAAUGCUCCAUAUUCAGCGAUGCCGGUGUUCACCCAAACAACCGCCCAAAACUACAGUAGGGAAUGAAAUCUUACUUAGUGGAAGACCACCAAAACCAGCUCCAGCUCAGCAACUCACUCAGACAUCUGGUCUGUACUUUCUCCAAAUGCCUCAAAACUUUACUAUGAAACAAAACGUACCUCCACCUCGUCUGGCCCCAGUCAUCAUGAACAGGCCACCUCCGGAAACCGAAGCGGAGCUACAGAGCAAGAAGAGGCUGGAGGCCGCGUGGAAGGAGGUGAUGGCAGCAAACAAACGAGAGCGCGAAGAGAAGGCAGCCAUGCGCAAGAAACGAGACCAGGAGAAGUUGCUGGCCCCACCGGUGCCCGAGAUUCCAAGCGGCCCCGCAGUCAAACUGGCGCUCGAACCCACUGCGGUCGAACGGCGCAGUAACGACGAGCGCAAAAAUUUCAUCAACAGAUACUUCAACAUAAACCCCUACCCCAACAAGGCUGAGAUGGAGGAGCUGUGCAAGAGGCUGUCUCUGACUAAAACAGAGCUGUCGCCCUAUUUUGGAAACAAGCGCGGGAAGUGUAUGAAGAGCCUGAAGAAGAACAGUGCUGUCAUUCUCCUCGGCUUCAGCAUGACAGAACUGAGCAAAGUCAAGCACAACCUCCUUAUCCCGGAGCCAGAGCCGCCGGAGCACCCGGAUGAGCCAGAGGUACCAGAACCGAUGGAAGAAGAUGGGAAGGAGAAGGUUACAGAUGUGGCACAGAUGGAGUAAGUCAACAAUGUCAUGAUGCUUCUUGACAACUUCAGUGCUUAAAUGAGGGUCUUUUGUUAAUAAACACGUGCAUAUGUAUUUCCAAACAUAAUGGUAAACUUUAAAGGGGGCGUGUCUUCCUAUAGCCUUCAGUGAUUUAAAAACUUCACCUCAGUAUUUUGUCAGUGGUCCAUCUAUAUUAGAAUUUCCAAAUGAAUACAGUUGCAGAAGGUGAAUGGAACAAGCUGUUUAGCCCCUCCCACUCAGACUUCUGUUUCAGCCCUUAGCUGUUGCUGGUAGCUGCCUUUUGUACCCUUGAUGUAAACUCAUUUGUAAAAAAAAUUGUGAAUUCUGCAUAUUUGUCGAUCGGUGAGCUAGUUUGUUACAUUAUGGAUUUUAUUGUCUACAGUGGCCACAAAACUUUCAAAUUAUAACUACCAAACCUUCACAAAUACAAAAAAACACCUGCAUGAAUUCAACAAGAGUUGCAUCAAAAAAUGUCUUGCAAACAGAACAAAAUCAUAACCUACAGCACAUGUAACAAUUUAAUUUGAUUUGUUUACUGCAAAUUUGGACAACACACACACGCAAGAAAACCUUUGCAACACAACUUGAGUACUAACAACAGGGAUUUCUAGCUGGAAGACUGACUUUUCUUGUGUUCAUUCAUUAAUUUUCUAUACCCACUUAUUGCAGUUAAGGGUCCUGGGGAAGCUGCAGACUAUUCUAGCAGUCAUUGGAUGAGAGGCGGGUACACUCUAGGCCAGCUGCCAGUCUGUCACAGGGCCUCUUCAGUGCAUUGUUUAAAAAAUCGUGAGUAAAUUAAAUGAAUAAAUUCAGUUCUGCCAGCUGAUAGAGGUAAAGAGUGAAGCACCAAGAUGCUCUGAAGCUCCGUCAGUUAAUGUCCUCUGUUUAUGUUGCAAGUACCUCUGUUGUGUUGAGAAGCUUUGCAAAGCAUUUCUGUGUUUGGGUGUGCUGUGUCAAUUUGUUACACACAUAUUAUCCAAUUAAAUGUUUCCAUUGCCGCAGGCUGCUUUUUUUUUUUUACGCAUUUUUUCCAUUUGCAAGACAUCUGAUGAAGCUGCCUGUUGCUGAAUUGGAGAUGUUUUCUCUUUUUUUAAUGUCUUAAUUUAAGUGUUGUGGCCCCUGUCAACCACUGUAUUAUUAUUAUUUUUUUUUUUGGUUUGUUUUUACGUAUAUGGACCUGUUUGACAUGUGCACACUUGUUUCAUGAUUUCAAAUUCUGCCAUUUCACUUCUUGACCUCUGCACAGUUCUCGUUGAGUUCCUGCAGAGUCAAGCGAUCGGUUAACAGCACAUCAGCCUGAAACUAAAGAAUGUUUGAAUUUUCAGGCUGCCAAUUUCCUGAACACUUGUUUCAAAGUUUAGCCAUGUUGUUGGCAUGAAUCUUUGUUUAAAUGUUCACAAAUUAUGAUCCGUGCCAUUUGUGAAGUUUGCAUAGAUGUGUGGGAGUUCAUUGAAGUCAACAACAAAAAAACUAUAUUGGUUGUCUGCUCUGUCCCCGUAUGUAUUGUUGUUCUGACAGCCCCCUUUUUUUUUUUGUACUAGUAGUUUGUAUGAUUCCUGGGGAAAAAAAGGAAAUCUUGCAGAGCUACAUGUUCAAAUUGUGUCCAAGGCCACUGUGUUAUUAAAUAAGAGUGCAUUUCUUUUUAUGAAAAUUAAAUUUUCUUUACCUUUCACUUGUAAUAAAUAUAUACAUUUUAA